UGAAGUACUCAGAUAUGAUCAAAACACAAUGUAUUAAUGUGUAAAAUAAUUACUAAGAGGUUUAUAUGCCAAAAUAUAUUAUUUCCAGAAUGCGACUCAUACAAGGGCUUCCUCUGAGAUUAUCAGUGUGUUGAGAGAGCCGGCUGCAGCAGAGAGAGUUUUGCUGGGCUUACUUGGUCCUGAUGAUACCAGGAUUAUGCAGGAGUACGAUGACGGUGGUUUGAGGCAAAACUUAUCCCACCAUGCCCUUGGUGCCUGCCUCCACUUUGCCAUGUGGCUAAGGGAAGAUGGAGAGUCUUCCUUAGCCUCCAGGGAGCGCGAUGAAGCCAGAGCUCGUGUUGCAGAGCUGGAGGAAAAUGUUAGGAAUGUUGAGGAGAUUCUUAGGCAUCAGGUCCAAGAGUAUGAGUCUAAGCUGAGUGGUCUGCAAAAUCAUGUUGACCAGCUAAGUCAGAAGGCUGAGUUGUGCGAGAGGAAUUGGAAGGAGCAGGAGGCCUUGCAUCAGGAGAAGGACACUCUUAUGGUAGAGGUUUUGAGGCUGCGUGAGGAAGCUAUCUCUGAGCUUGCCAAGGUCACUCAAAGUCAUGACGUGGCCAGAACACGUAUCAAAAAUCUGACUGGUGCCCUCACUCGGAGCAGGAAGCUCUACGAGCAGGCUGAGGUUGAAGUGAAGAAGGUUCAGCAGGACUGCGAAAUGGAUAGGAUCCUUGGGGAAAUAGAGAAGGAAGAGCGUGCGAAGAAAGAGGCCAAAGACGUUGAUGGAGAAGUGGGGGCCCAGCAUCCUUCGACUUUCUGGACAAGGUGCUAUAGAUGCAAUGUUCAUUUUCUGUAUAGUAGGGUUUAUGUAGAUCGUCUUCUCUGCUGCCAACAAUGUCAAACCACCUUUGUGUCUAAAGAAGUCUACAUCAUGUCACCAUCUGCACUUGUUGAGUCAUCCAGUAACUCUUCUCACCAGCAACAUGUUGAUACUGAAAGUCAAGGAACUGCUAGUGGCGGCAAGCCCCCAUAUCUUGGAGUGGUCUCCCUAAAAGACCCCGGAGGAAGCUGAAGACCUGGACGGGCAUGGAUGGAGAGGGAUCAGUCGAUGCAAUGCAGGAUGAAGAAAGGGGUGGUUGUUAAGAAAAUACAUAUUUUGUAAACCUUUUGUUUUCUUGGCCUAUCUAACUAACAGUAACCCUCUCCUACCAAAAGCCCUUUUUGUAUGGUCAACUAGCAGCCCUUUUUUAUUACUCUAAUCAACUACGGUAUUAUCAAAUAUAUAUCAAUGAUUUACAUCAAAUCUCUUUCAACACAAAAAUGUCACCUUUAAAUUUUCAUGUUUAGAUAUAUUUCAAUCUUGUUCGUAGAUAUUUAAGUACUUAUAUUCACUUCCUGCAUGUUGGCACCGAUUAGUUUUAAGUUGUGUAAAUCAUCUCUGAAUGAUUCUUAAUCA